CUAUGUGCAACACAUCAAGACAAUGAAGAAGACGGUCCACAAAGAAACCGACAGUGGGUCAACCCAAUUUUCUAUACUGCCACAUCCUCGACAACAAAGGACGCGACACCAGAUUUGCCUAUCACGAUGUGUGAAAUGUACGGGGACAGAUUUGUGCCUUCGAGGGAUGCUGGAGAUAUGUGA